AUGUGGUGGCUGGUGUUAGUGCUGGUAGCUGAGGUGGUGGCGGUCGCGGACUAUAAUUACCGGGACUACUACUACCAGACAGUGGAUGAGGACGUUGAGGGGGAUAUAUAUGAAGUCUACGGUGGUUUGUACUUUGAUGUCUCACACACCUGGAAGUAUGGAUGGCUUGUAGAGCACAUACGGAACAUAACAUAUCUGCCAGAGCACGCUCUGAUAAACCUGUACUUAUACUUUAAACUUUCGCGUUGCAUACUUUACUGUUUUACUGGAAUUACCGCGGACGUACCUCUACCUUAUCUCUUAGCCUUACAUCUUUACCCGUAUCUUUACACCUGCCAUGGUCACAAGCACACAAGGCAGGAGUAUACACAGAUACGACUCUGUUGUUCGACACGACUUAUAACCGAACACUCCCAAGGAUUCGAAGGUUCGGAGAAGGGACCUCAGAAAAUACCGGUGACUCACGAUACAUUAAAGGGCCCCGAUCAUCGCUAUGCAUGGUACAGAAGAAAAGCAAAUACAACGACAAGUUCAUCGGUCUCGCCCGCCGAUUCGGGUGCAGCGAACUCAUCGUAUUCCCCGGCAAUACCGACUACCACGAACUUUUCGAUUGCGCCGGACUUUACGUUUCCCGAGAACUUUACGUUUCCCGCCAACUUUACGUUUCCCCCGGGCUUUCCGUUUCCCGCCAACGAAACGGUAACGAAUAGUACCGUUACAGAGACCACUGUUACUACGACAACAUUCGAGGACGAGGAAACAGUGACGAAGAAGAAAAAGUCAAAACCGAAAGGUACCACUCGUAAGCGGCCGAAAGUAAAGUUAAAGCCGGAAAACUCCAAUGUGGACGUCAGUGCGAUCUUAGGCAUCCUAGCAAACCUGACGUACGACUACGAGUGGAACCUCACCGAGGAGUUCAACAGGACGCUGAUAGAGUCAGGCGUGCCCAAGUGUCCGACGCCCACCGAGUCGACCACCAUGAGCACAACACCUCUACCCUACGAUUUUGCCAACACCUCCGUCAUCAGCAAGUGCUUUGUCUGCGGGUUGAAGACCACCGACAUCCCGCGCACCGCGCACUGUGCUGACGCAUUCAGCGGGGACUUCUUGCCUCUGGCGCCUGUCGACGCACGCGCCAAAGGUCACAUCGCCUCCUUCAGAAAGUACUGCCGACAUCUGGAUGUACACAACUUUGUGGAGAACCCGUUGGAGCCACAUUCCAUCUACGGCCGUUUUACGGGCGGCUGUGCAGUCCGCUGGACGGAUCUAUCGGGUGUGUACACGCAGCGUACCUGCCGCGCCAAGCACCGGCCACUGCUGGGCAAGCACUUCGGCAGCAAGCGGCUGGCCAAGCUGGAGCUGGCUCUCAUAGUGGGUAUCGAGCAGGGCGCUUGA